CUGGAAACCCAAAUUCAAAUCAGUUCAUUUUAGCCACAAGCCAGAGAAGUAGUCAAUUGGGCUCACUCUAAAUUCAGGAAGAUGUCCUCCAUUGUGGUGGGUAAGAUCACCCAGCUCUUGGAUCAGGUGCACCCAUCUUUGGGAACUCCUCUUUUCGUCGUGGUUGUGAUCGGGUUGUGCUCAUGGCUCUACACGCGAAUUGUAAGAGGACCGUACAACAUGUCCAUGUUGGAGAAGAUUCCUGGUCCAAAGUCAUUGCCAAUCUUAGGGAACGCAAUUGACUUUGCAGUUCCUCAUUACAAAUUCCUGAAAGUACUCACCGAUUUGGUCCACCAGAAUGGACCCGUAAUGAAGAUUUUCCUGGCUCAUCGCCCCUAUGUAGUCUUAUCUAAGGCAAAAGGGUUUGAAACCAUUCUAAGUAGCAACAAGCACAUCACAAAAGGCCCUGACUACAAGUUCAUUCAUCCGUGGUUGGGCUUGGGUUUGUUAACCAGCGAUGGGGGUAAGUGGCACUCUAGGCGGAAGAUGCUGACUCCUGCCUUUCAUUUCAAGAUUCUCGAAGACUUCCUCGUGAUCAUGAAUGAACAAAGCUCAAUUCUGACCAACAAGCUUGCGAAACUAAAACCAGACAAUAAUACACUGGACAUGUUCCCUAACAUUACAUAUUGUGCAUUAGAUAUAAUUUGCGAGUCUGCUAUGGGACGAAAUGUUAAUGCCCAAAGUGAUUCCGAUAGUCCUUAUGUUCGGUCAUUGUUUAAGGCCUCAGACAUCAUCUUCCAACGGCAAACAUCGCCAUGGAUGUGGAACAACUUGGCAUUUUACCUGCGUCCAAGUGGCUGGGAUUUCCGCAAGGCUUUGAAAAUCCUACAUGGGUUUACUGAACAAGUCAUCAAGGAUCGCCAAAAGCUUUACAAAGAGGAAAAGGCUCAGAAAGAGAGUGCAAAGACUACCGACCAUGAAGAAGAUCUAGCGAUUGGUCAAAAGAAGAGAUUGGCCUUUUUGGAUCUGCUCAUUGACGUGUCGGACGAUGGUCGGGUUUUAAGUGACAAGGACAUCCGAGAAGAGGUCGACACAUUCAUGUUUGAAGGACAUGACACAACAGCCGCUAACAUGAGCUUCACCCUCUACGCCUUGGCCAGCCAUCCUGAGUAUCAAGCGAAAGUCCAAACGGAAUUGGACUCCAUCUUCGGCGACGACCCUGAUAGACCGGCCUCAAUGGACGAUUUGGCCAAAAUGAAGUAUCUUGAAGCUUGUAUUAAAGAGUCCCUUCGCUUGUAUCCCAGUGUUCCACUCAUGUCGAGGACCAUUCAUGAGGAUACAGUCAUUGAGGGUCAACUCGUUCCAGCUAAAACAAAUGUCAUUUUAUUCAACUAUUUGUUGCAUCGCGACCCUGAGCAAUUCCCAAAACCAGAAGUUUACAACCCCGAUCGCUUCCUAAACGAAAACAUUCGUCAACGUCAUGCCUACUCUUACGUUCCAUUUUCUGCUGGACCAAGGAAUUGUAUUGGUCAGAAAUUUGCCAUGAUGGAAGAGAAGGUGGUGAUCUCAUCGAUAUUGCGCAAAUUCAAAUUAGCGACAAACCUCGCAAAGAAGGACCUUUGCCUUUUGCCUGAGUUGAUUCUAAGACCAAAGGAUGGCCUUCCCAUUGCUGUAACGCCACGAAAACCAAUUGUUUAAUUAUAAUAUAUUUUUCUGUUAUCAA